AUGCGCUCCUCCGCGGAGUCCUCGGCGGCGGCGGCGGCGACGGAGGAGGAGGAGGAGGAGGACGGCCCCUUCGAUCGCCUCCCAGAUGCCAUCCUGCUCGUCGUCUUCAACGCCCUCCGCGACGUCAAGUUCCUCGGCCGCUGCUGCGCAGUAUCCCGCCGAUUCCGGUACCUCGCUGUGCAGGCGGAGUCUGUACUGGUCCGCGUCGAUUGCGUCGUCUCCUCCUCCGGCACGACGUCGGCUACCCCCCGUCACCACCAGUACCUCAACCUGGGGGGCUCCGGCGCAGAGGAGCCCAAGUACGGCGGCAUUCUUGGGGCCUUUGCCCGUCUGCUCUUCUCCACAUUCGUCUCCCGCCCGCUUAGCGCGCUCCAUCAGGUGCUCCUCCCCCGGAAGGUGCUCCUCGCUGCGGAGAUCUCCCACCACUCCCCCUCCGAGGUGCUGCGGAGCUUCCGCGGGGUCCGCUCCCUCCAGAUCGUGCUUCCCAGUGGCGAGCUCGGGGUCGACCCUGGAGCCGUUCUUCUCUGGAAAGCGGCGUUCGGGCGCACUCUGGAGAGCUGUGCCAUCCUCAGUGCGACGUCUUUAAGCUGCCGGAAGCAUCCCGAUUGCAGCGAUGUCGCCGUUCAUGCCGUGGACGGGAAUGCUGACGACGACGACGAGGAUCAGUCCUUCUGCACCGACGGUGGGCUGAAACUGCGCGUCGUGUGGACAAUCACAUCCUUAAUUGCUGCAUCGGCUCGUCAUUUCCUGCUGCGGGAAAUCGUGAAUGAGCAUUCCGCGGUGCAGAGUUUGGAAAUUACUGACGCGGAUGGCCAGGGGGUGCUCCACAUGGAAAAAGGACAGCUCGAGGAAUUCAGGUGCUCUUCCAUUGAGGUAGCUUGUUCGUCAAAUCGGACGCAGGUGCCAGCACUCAACAUGAAACUCUGGCAUGCGUCCCGCCUCAUGCUGAGCUCGGGGGACGUGAUGGAGGGAGCAACGCUGGUGGCAAUCAGGCCAGUAGACCGGGUGAUCAAGGCUGAUGGAGGGGAUGGUUUUGCAGUUGACGCAUUUGAAGGUCUGUUCAGGGAGGCUGCGAAGAAUCUGAUCAAGAGGAAGGCCUACCUUCUGGAAAUGAAUCCGUUCUAA